AUGAUCAUUUACAGUCAGGUGCCAGCAUCGGCUACCUCUGCGAGAAGUACGACACUAACGGAGUGCUUGAAUUCAGCCACGCGCAAGGCAAAUUGGAAGCUCGCUGAUGGCGUGGGUUUUCAGACUUCAAAGACUGCAAGACGGCUAAAAUCGUCCAGGCAACGCUAUCACAACGAACCCUUGCGCAUCAACAAGACUGUCAAUCACCACAUGCUUGGGAAGAUUGGAGAUUACUUGACUGGCGACAGAACCACGUACACAGAGCUGAUGUGGCUGUCGUACAUGAUCGUAGGGAUGAAGUUGCAUGCCGGCUUUCUGGGGGAAGGUCCGUACUUUCAUGCUUGGGAGCAGGGGAUACCGGAGCGACCUGCUGUGAGGAGUUCAGAGGUGACUGGAUGA